AUGCUUUGCCCGAAGGGGGAACGCGCCCAGGGUCCUGCAGAGAGUGCCAGUGUGAGGCCCCAGUCAACUGCCGAGUCUGGAAGCCACUGCAACGCUAAUCCCAGCAUAUUCAUGGGAGAGAACCUGGUUGACCUCGCAGCUGACCCGACCAUUUCUUCCCGUGGAGACGACAAGCGGGAGAUUAAAGCCCACCGGUCGUACCAAUCUCCGGGUCCGCGGAUUGCCCGGCUUGAUGGGACCGCUUCUCUGGCAAGCAAGGAGGCAAUUUUGCUAGGAGUCCUCUCUUUCAGUCAUCUGCACAGACACUGGACGGAGGCCGAUCACCCGAGGAUUGCCGUCAUCCUGCAUUCCUCUUCUUCAAGACGAACGCAGCAGGAUGCAUACGACCACAUCGACCCAAUAACGACUGCAUCCUCCAGCCAGUCGUUUAGCUUUCCACUGUUAUCCACGUUUGAAAGUCGCAGCCAGUCCUACGAGCCACAGGGCCAUAGCAGUUGGCCUCCUUUUCAGACUCAUCCGCCACCAUUUCGGUCCACUCACCGCUGGCACAAUACGAGGGAAGGUACAGCGAGCGUGCCCCGCUGGCCCUCCGUUGACAGCUGGCCCGAGGGCGCUAUUGCCCCCACCGACAGGCCUCUUUUGACCACCGAGACCGCCCAGAAAACUACCCCUACAACACUCCACAUGCCCACUGAUCAACCACAACAAGUAGAAGCAGGCAAGAACAAGAACAGCAACAGCAACAGCAACAGCAACAAAAACAAAACCAACGAUCAACAAAACAACAACCACGACCAAACCACUGCCAUCAUUGCCCAAUCGCUACCGACAGAUUGCACUAACCGGAGUGCCAUCACUAUUCUUCCUCCGGCAGCUGAAAUCGACCAUCAACUGCCCAGGAUUGAACCACUACCAGUAACCACUGGGCUGACUUUAUCCGACGUCUCAAGCGAGCUUUUCCAACCACGCCUGGAUUUUGACAAGGACACGUCUAAGCGUGACAAAACUACCGACCCCUGUCCACCCAUCGCGGGGCGCAACUCGAACUUGACCACCGCCGUCAGCCCUUCCAUUGCCCCCAGAUCGCCUGUUUCCAAUCCCGCAACUCCGAGCUCUGCCACCGCCUCUCCCUCGACCCAAACAGCAGCGACUUCUCAAUCGAGUACUCCCACCUCAACCUCCAUUCAGCCACGCAGGCCAUCGCCCGGAUUGGCUGCACGCCUGAAGGCCCUCGGGUUUGGCUCCAGUAAAUCCCGAGAUCCGUCCCCAGUAGCCGCCCAUCAAGAUCGCGUCGGCCGUCUACCCCAAGAUCAGAUUCGCCAACUUGACAAGCGACACCAGGCCGGCUCCCUCUCUUCCAUCAUCGAACGGCGCGGUCGCCCUUGGAAGGGUCCCGCCGCUACUGCUGCAACAUCCGAAGCGACAAACCACAUCACCCCCAAGACCAAGACCACCGCGACUUCCACUCUCACUUCUCUCACUCCCGCCUCCGCCCCAGCGCCAACGCCUGCCGUGACGGACGAGAUCGUGGCGCCCGACGCCUCGACCCCCGUCCCCGGCAGUACUACGGCACCUCUGCUACCGGAAAUAACGACGUCUGAACCCUUGGACUUGGACAUGGAUACCCAAAAAUACAGGCUGCCCGACCAUACCAAUGGAAAUGGCACCAAGGUACAACUCGAAACGCGGCAAGAGCACGUCGAGCGAUGCGUGAACCCCCCGUUGCCCGACGAAUACGACGACGACGAAUACAACUACGACGACGACACUAGCAACCCUCCUCCGCCACCCCUCCCCAAGGAUACUCCCCCAACCACCACCCCUGCGGAGUUUACCCCCGAUAUCGCGUCGUACUUCACGCCGAAUCGCCAACGACCUGGCUCGAUCUACACCCUCUCGCGUGCCUCAUUCGCCAACCAGCUCGCACAAUUAACGUCGCUGCAACUUCCCGAUGCUGGAUCGCUGUCCAGCAAGGUCUCCGCCAUCCCCACCGCCAAUGUCGCCUCCAAGGCCCUCAUCAAUGCCGCCGAGCAGAUUCGGAGCUGGAUCUCCAAGGCCUCCGAGGUCAUCGCCGGCUUGGAUAGUGAAGACGAUGUCGAGUGGGCGGCAGCAGGCGGCCGUGAGGGCCUGGCCGAGGUGGAGAAUGCCGCUGCGAGGUUCGAGGAGCUAAUCAAUGCCUACGUCAGUGCCAUCGAAGAGCUGCAGAAUCGGGACGACAUCGCCAGCGUUCCCGCCGACGACCUUCGGCGGGCCGUUGCGCAGAUGGAGUCGAUCAUUAGCGAGUGGGCCAAUAUCCAGUCAGCCCUCGGCAACGUCAAAGAGCAGGUCGAGAUCGCCAUGGAAUGGGAAGAGCUCUGGAACAUGGUCCUCGGAGACAUACAAGGCGAGAUGGACGAGCUGUGCAGACUGGUUUUUGAAAUGGAGGAACGCCGCCAUAAAUCUCUGAUGGCUACUACGACAGGUGACGGGGUCGACAUCGGAGACCUCGAAACCAUAGUCGAAGAGACCCCUCCCCCGUCCGUAGCCAAGCUCGCCCCGCGGACCCGAUCGAGUCUCCCGGUGUUCCCCGUGACCCCGAGUUCUCCCAACACCCCGACCCUGUCCCAGGACGACUCCAGCCUCCUGGCCUUGUUCGCUCGCAUGCAACCGCUCAGGGCGUCCCUCGACUUCUUGCCGAUGCGACUCUCCGUUUUCGAAGCGAGGGCGAGACUGUCGUUCCCCACCGCCUGCGACGAGCUGGAGAUGCGAAGGGCUGCCCUGGACGGAACGUACAAGAAGCUCGAGAAGGACGCCGAGUCGUUGCGGAAGGAGCUGGGUGAAGACCGCUGGGUUCUUGUUUUCCGAGGAGCCGGUCGACAGGCGCAGAAGAUGAUCGAGUCGGUAGAAAGAUCGCUCCUCAAGCUGAAGGAGUCGGUGGAUUCCGGCAUCCAUCUGACUAGUCCUCCGGUCAUGGCCAAGAAAGUCGAGAGCUACGACGCCAAGAAAACGCAUUACGGCCCGGCCAUCGAACGCGUCCUCACCAUCGUCGACAAGGGGGUCCAGGAGCGUCUCACCGUGAAUGGCGAGAUCAUACGUCUCAACGCGGAGCUGCAAUCUAAAUGGGAAUCGCUCAAGGUCCAGAUCAAAGAGAUGGAUGUUGCACUCGAAGAGAUCCAAUGGGACAACCACGGCCAGCAACUGCGAGAUUCCGUCUCGAGUAUGCUCUCCAACGACCGUUCGACCAUCGGCAGCACCCAUGACACCCCUGGGAGUUCGCCGCCAUCCUCCGUCAUCAUGUCCAGCCUUGGUCUCGGUCCGGUCACCCCGACACCCAGGACCAAAGUCCGUUCCGGGAGUACGAACAGCAACCUGCCUCAGCCUUCGAACCGGAGACAAUCGAACGUUCCUACGCCGAAUUCUCAAACUCGCAGGCCUUUGGCAUCCCGGCUAUCGAGUGCCGGCCCAUCCAACCUGCCUACCCCUUCCAGUGGCAGCAAGGUGCCUCGCCCUGUCAGUACCCUACCGAGCCGCCCGAAGUGGAACGGCUCGACGAACACGGCCGACGCUGGCAUCGGCCACAACUUCAAGCCCCUCACUCUCACGACGCCCAGUCCUUACGCCAAGAGGACACCGCUGGGCCGGUCCGCCUCGUCGCUGACGCCGACUUCCGGUGGAGGAGGAGCCGCCACCGGCUCCCGCAUCCCCUCGGCUCGCAGCCCUCUCAACCGCUCCACCUCGGCUUCGCCCAUGCCGGAAGACACGCCUACAAGGGCAAGUCUGUCUCGGCUCGCCAUCCGCGGCCGCACCACCUCGCCGGGUCCCCAAGCGCAGCAGCAGCAGCAGCAGCAGACUCUGGCGAAGCCUCGCCUCUCGUUUGCCAGGUCAGCCACGAGCACCACGAGCACUCGGCGAGCGUCGUUCCAGCCUCCCCGGCCCAGGGACGCCUUGGAGAACAGCCAGCAAGCCGGGCCGGCCCGGCCCGCGAGCUCCAUGGCUCAAGCUCAGGGAAGGCGGAGCAGUAUGCUUCCGCAAAUGAGGUCUACCACCGCCUCCAACGCCACCACGGGGCGAGCGUCUCCCCAGGCCAUUGCGGGUGCUCGGAGUGCCAUGCGCAGUUCCUCCACGUCUGAUGCCUCUAGGAGGGCCAUCAGCAACAAGCCCGCUUGGCGGCCUUGA